AUGGAUCAUUUCGCCGCAGAGUGCCUUGUGUCUAUGUCCAGCCGGGCUAUCGUUCACCCUAAAGAGAACAGAGAGUUGAAAACAGAAUCAGCCUGCUAUCCAAGGAACGAUGGAGAAGACAUGGUCAAAGACAACUCCUCUCUUUUCGUGGUGGCCAGGAUUCUAGCGGAUUUUAACCAGCAGCCACCCACGACUACUACCGAUAUUGCCGAGCAGGCAAAAAUAAAAGAGGGGUGCGUGUCGCCUUCUACAGUCACAGAGGACGGGAAUACAGCCACACCUAUCGUCAUAAGCACCGCCGGCGACCUCACACAAAGAGGCAGCAAACGUGUCAGAGGUCGAUCCGAACCGGAAUCGCCUCAGAAAAAGCACAAAUGUCAUUAUUCGGGUUGUGAAAAAGUUUAUGGGAAGUCGUCCCACCUCAAAGCGCACCUAAGGACACACACAGGUCAGUUCCCUUUUUUUUUAAACCACAAUUGCUUUAUUGAUGGAAAACAUUUUGUCUUAUGAAAAAAAAAAAAGAACAUUCAAAUACAUUAUUUAUGUGAUAUAAACUCCUCCGUUACUUUAUUUCAGUUUCACUUGUAGCCUAGUAUUAUGAAGGGCUGGGUGUGAAUAGUGACGAAUAG